AUGAACUCCUCUUCUCUCUUUGGAAUCUGGCUUUCUGUUCCUCUGAUCUUAUCCUGGGUAACCCCACAAGUCAGCUCUUCAUGGUGGUACAUGAGAGCUGUGGGCUCCUCAAGGGUCAUGUGUGACAACGUGCCAGGCUUGGUCAGCCGCCAGCGUCAGCUGUGCCACCGGCACCCGGAGGUGAUGCGCUCCAUCGGCCUGGGCGUGGCGGAGUGGACCGCGGAGUGUCAGCACCAGUUUCGCCAGCACCGCUGGAAUUGCCACACCCUGGACAGGGACCACAAUCUAUUCGGCAAAGUUCUGCUGCGAAGUAGUCGAGAAGCCGCCUUUGUGUAUGCCAUCUCCUCCGCUGGAGUCGUGUUUGCCAUCACCAGAGCCUGUAGUCAGGGAGAACUAAAAUCUUGCUCCUGUGACCCUAAGAAGAAAGGAACUGCCAAAGACAGCAAAGGCACUUUUGACUGGGGUGGAUGCAGUGAUAACAUUGACUAUGGGAUCAAAUUUGCCCGAGCGUUUGUGGAUGCCAAGGAAAGGAAAGGAAAAGAUGCCCGAGCAUUGAUGAACCUUCACAACAACAGAGCUGGGAGGAAGGCUGUAAAGCGGUUCUUGAAACAAGAGUGCAAAUGCCAUGGGGUGAGUGGAUCCUGCACCCUGAGGACCUGUUGGCUGGCCAUGGCUGACUUUAGAAAGACGGGAGAUUAUCUCUGGAAGAAGUACAAUGGGGCUAUCCAAGUGGUCAUGAAUCAAGAUGGCACUGGUUUCACUGUGGCUAACAAGAGAUUUAAGAAGCCAACCAAAAAUGACCUGGUCUAUUUUGAGAAUUCUCCAGACUAUUGUAUCAGAGACCGAGAUGCAGGUUCCCUAGGGACUGCGGGUCGCGUGUGCAACCUGACCUCCCGGGGCAUGGACAGCUGUGAAGUCAUGUGCUGCGGGAGGGGCUACGACACUUCCCGGGUCACCCGGAUGACCAAAUGCGAGUGUAAGUUCCACUGGUGCUGUGCCGUGCGCUGUCAGGACUGCUUGGAAGUAGUGGACGUGCACACGUGCAAAGCCCCCAAGAGUCCUGACUGGGUGGCCCCCACAUGA